AUGGAGAACGGGGAAUUGGAGGGCGGUGGCGGUGUUCCCCGCGAGCACGCAGCGAAGCCAAUUAGUGAGACGGCACGGUUCGGCACUCUUGUGGCGGGCGCCUACGGCUGCCUCUGCGUGUCUCUUUCCUUUGGGUUCAAUAUCUUCAGUGGCGAUCUGCAGAAGGACGUAUCAUCUUUCGCAGGCAGACAUGUCGACCAUAAGCACAGUGGGUAUUGUCUUUGCCUACUUUGGUAUACCGUACGCCUUUGUCUACGACUACUUUGGCGUGAGGCCUGUCUUCGUGCUGGGGCUCGUACUGAUUACUGUCGGUGCGCUGCUCAUGGCACUGACGUUCAGCGGCGCCAUCGCUGCCACCGUGUUGCGGCUGUGCGUCUUCAACGGCAUCUUCAACUUUGGCACGGGUGUCUAUGA